AUUCACACAUCGGCAACAAGAAAUUCUUCUGCUGUAUCUUUCGGCAUUUACAUGGGUGGAUGGGGCCCCUAUGGGGCCGGACGCGUUUUUCAAUGUAAAAGAGAGCUGCUUCCUCUUCUCUCUUCCUUCGUUUCUCCACGCUUUGGAGUCAAAUUCAAGCCUCAAACGAACCUCAAGAGGAGCGAGGGAAAGAAGCCAUCUCGAACCAGUUAACCACUUGCACUUCUCCUCCCUUCCUUUCUCGUCCGAACCCGAAGUUCGCCAUGGCUCCUGCCGCGGAUAAAGAGACCAUCCGCGCCAAUUGGCGGUGCUUCGUGGCCUGCGGCUUCAUUGUCCUGUGCCCCAUCCAGUAUGGCCUCGACUUCGGCCUGAUCGGUGGCCUCCAGGCCAUGGUCGGCUUCCUCAAGAUCUACGGCUAUGAGAACCCCAACACGGUCAUUGGCUGGAACAUCACCCCGGUCCGGCAGCAGCUCAUCUCGUCGCUCAUGACCCUCGGCGCCUUCAUCAGCUCCGGCACCGCCGGCGUGAUCGCCGGCUAUCUCGGCCGCAAGUCGUGCCUGUGGGUCGCCUGCGCGGCCUGCAUUGUCUCCAACGUGAUUAUGAUGGCCACCACCGACAUUGGCGCCCUCUACGUCGGCCGCCUGAUCAUUGGCCUGGCCAACGGCUACUUCAUGACCUUCUCUCAGCUCUACAUCCAGGAGAGUAGCCCGGCCAAGUACCGCGGUCUCUUCCUUACCGCCUUCCAGUUCUGCACCUCUUUCGGCACCCUCGUUGGAACCAUCAUCGACUGGGCGACGGCCAAGAGACCGGACAAGUCAGCGUACUUGAUCCCGCUGGGCCUCAUCUACGUCGUGCCCAUCUUCCUGAUCAUCGCCAUGUUCUUCAUCCCCGAGUCUCCUCGCUGGCUCAUCCAGCAGGGCAAGUUCGAGGACGGCCGCAAGUCUCUCGCCUGGCUGCGCCCCGACGGCGCCGACGUCGACUCGGAGCUCGACGAGAUCCGCGUCGCCCUUGAGCGCGAGCGCGAGGAGGGCAGCGGCAUCGCCAUCUUGGACAUGUUCGCGAACCCAGUCGACCGGAGGCGCACCUUCCUGUCCGUCUGCGCUGUCACCCUGCAGGCCGCUUCUGGGUCCAUGUUCAUCAUCGCUUACAAGGCAUACUUCCUCGCCAUGGCCAAGGUCUCCAACCCCUUCGGCAUGACCUGCGUCCUCAGCGCUGUCGGCCUAACGGCCAUCAUGGUCAACUCCCUGAUCGUCGUCCGCUACGGCCGCCGCCGCGUCCUGAUCUUGACCGGCCUGGUCACCUGCGGUUUCCUGCAGCUCAUCAUCGCCGUCGUCUACGACAAGAAGCCGGGCAACAUCAUCACGGGCCGCGUCAUCGUUGCCCUGACGUCCCUGUACAUGUUCAGCUACAACGGAAUGAUUGCCACCUACGCCUGGCUCGCGGGCGGCGAGCUCCCGUCGCAGCGCCUCCGCAGCUACACGUUCGGCCUCGCCGCCGCCGUGGGCUUCUUCUUCGCCUGGCUCACCACCUUCACGGCUCCCUACUUCAUCAACCCGGAUUCGCUCAACUGGGGCCCCAAGUACGGCUACAUCUGGUUCCCCUCAUGCAUCAUCGGCGCCCUCUGGGUCUUCUUCUUCCUGCCCGAGGUCAAGGGCCGCACCCUCGAGGAGAUCGACGAGAUGUUCGCUGCCAAGAUCCCCGCCCGGAAGUUCCGCACCUACGUCUGCAUCGGCCGUGCCGCCGUCGACGAGAAGAACGCAGAAGACGCCUGGGAGAGCGAGAAGGCAGCCACCGCAACCGUCGAGGAGACAAAUGCCGUCGAGCCAGCGAGUGUCGUCACCCCCGCCGCGAAGUAAAUUCAGAAAAUUGCUACGACGAGAAUCGUUUUGGGGAGGUGGUUGAUACGUGCGUGGCAUCUAUGGAUGGGCCCUUCAAACGUUUAGACU